UCUCCCGCCAGUUCAAGCGGAAAUGGAGCAGGAUCUCGUGAAAUCGUCGCUCUUCUUCACCGAUCAGCGCCUUUGCUCGGCGGAAAUCCUCGCUCCGUCCCAGGUUCGAGCACGAAUCGAAGUCGCUGUCCUCAAUUUCCUGAAAACCCUCACCGCUCCCAACCCAGCCGUAUCCAAUCUCGCACUGAUUAACAGGAAAUCUGAUAACAGCGGGCUCCGUCAAGGGUUAUUGAGUGAGGUCUCAUCAGUCUAUCUGUCGCACUCUGUUUGCACAAGAUCUUUCAUGCGAGCAAAGGACUCAAAACCUUUCACAAGAGUAUGGAUGGUCAUGGCGAUGUGCUUCCGCAUUGUUGGGGAGGGGAAGCUUGUCACGCAAAGAGAACUUUUCUAUAAGCUUCUUUGUGACUCACCUGACUAUUUCACAUCUCAGGAUCAAGUCAACAGAGCAGUGCAAGAUGUUGUUGCAUUGCUCCAGUGUACUCGACAUAGUCUAGGUAUCAUGGCUUCUAGCAAAGGUGCAGUUGUUGGGAGAUUGCUCUUAGAGGAGCCUGGUGAACAGAAUGUUGACUGUUCCAUGCUUGGACAAGCUGGCUAUGCUAUAACCGGAGACCUUUAUGCAUUGAACAGACUUGUCCUUAAUUCUGAUGCUAGAUAUAUCAUCAUAGUAGAGAAGGAUGCUAUAUUUCAGCGAUUGGCAGAAGACCGGUUCUUCAACCAAAUACCAUCUAUUAUAAUCACUGCUAAAGGAUACCCUGACAUUGCUACAAGGUUCUUUGUACAUCGACUAAGUCGGACAUUUCCACUCCUACCAAUCCUGGGUCUAGUCGAUUGGAACCCAGCUGGAUUAGCCAUACUGUGCACCUAUAAGUUUGGUAGUGUAAAUAUGGGUUUAGAGUCAUACAGAUAUGCUUGCAAUGUCAGAUGGCUUGGAUUACGAGCAGAUGAUUUGAGGAUUAUACCACAACAAGCAUUGACCCAGUUAACAAUACAGGAUGUGAAAAAGGCGAAAACCCUCAUGACAUCUAAAUUUUUGCCGGAGAGUUACCGAGUUGAGUUAGCAAUCAUGGUUGAGAAGGGAGAACGUGCAGAAAUCGAAGCUCUGUACUACCAUGGAUUUGAUUUCUUGGGAAAAUACAUUGGAAAGAAGAUUGUACGGGCCGAUUACAUUUGAUGCAGCUCUCCAUAAAGAUGCAAGAAAAUUGAGCAAGGGCUAGUGGAGAGCAGACAACAGCAGUCGGACUAUGUAAGUGGAAUUUUACUUCCAAGUUUCAAAUAUUUCAUUUACAACUGAUUGUAGUUAGCUUCCUUAGCUCCUCUCUGGUAUGAAUUGUUCAUAUUUUUUUUCCUACUGUUUGAGUAAAAUUCUAGCAUUGUAGCAAAACGUGGUCUCUUGAUGUGAUGUUUUCUUAUUUCGAGUUCCUUGUUCA